AUGGCUUACUGUAUCAGAGAUACCUCUAUUCACACAACCUACCAAAAGCACCACCACCUUCAAGACCCCCCCUUUCCAAUACCAAGUCAUACUUCAAAAUUCAAACGAGGGUAUUUUGGUAAAUACACUCAAAGCCAUAACCCAUUCCAAGCAUCUCCAUUGGAUGAGUUUGAGAAUUUUUCCAUGAGUAGAAGUGGAACACCAGAUAAUGGUGUGGACCAUCUUAAUGGUGAAGAAAUGGAUUCAAAAUCAGCUACUGCUGCAAUGAAAGUUGCCAUGGACAGAGCCGAAGCUAAAUUCAGGCACGCAAAGGAAGUAAGGGAAAGAGAACAUGCAAAAUCUUAUAGAAACAAAGGAUAUUCUGAAAGGGCUGAUGUUCAAAGAGCACAAGAUGAGGCAUGUGAUCGGGCAACUAUUGAUGCAAAGGGAAGGGCAAAACGGGCAGCUGGGGCACGUCGAUGA